AUGACCAAUCUAAGCUGGGAAGACAAGUGUGCCGCCAAACGGGCCGAGGUAGACGCCAAAAUCCCCACUGGAUGGCGACUACCAGCGGAGAUCCUGCAGCAAGUUGAUAACAAUGAGCUGGAAAUCAUCGACGUUCCCUCGAAGUGCGGCAUUCUCAGUAAGGCAGAGCUCGCAAUUACUGAGAUUCCCGACGCAACAUCGCUACGAGGCAAGCUCGCUGCGCAAGAGCUCAGCGCCAUCGAGGUGACCACUGCCUUCUGCAAGCGUGCCGCCAUUGCGCAGCAGUUGACUUGCUGCUUGACGGAGACUAUGUUCUCAGAAGCUCUCAUUAGAGCAAAAGAGCUGGAUGCGCAUAUCAAGACUACUGGAAACCCUGUUGGACCCCUUCACGGUAUCCCGAUUAGUCUGAAGGAGACCUUCAACAUCCAGGGCGUACCGACUUCGCUCGGAUUUGUUUCUUUCUUGGAUCGUGAGCCCGUGAUCCAGAACUCAGUCUUGGUAGACAUUCUUUUGGAAGCAGGGGCGGUGCUGUACGUGAAGACCAACGUGCCACAGACAAUGAUGACAGCGGACUCGCACAAUAAUGUCUUUGGUCGGGUGUUGAACCCACACCGAGAUAUCCUCACAGCCGGUGGCAGCAGUGGAGGGGAAGGAGCUUUGGUGGCCAUGCGUGGAUCUAUUUUAGGAGUUGGCACUGAUAUUGCUGGGUCGAUUCGCAUCCCAGCAUUGUGUUGUGGUACCGUGGGCUUCAAGCCUAGUGUCGGCCGUGUUCCGUAUGCCGGCCAAACGAGUGCUGGAAGACCGGGGAUGACUGGAAUUGCUGCAAGCGCAGGACCACUGUGCCACUCAGUUCGCGACGCAGAGAUGCUCCUCCGUGUGGUUUUCAAUGCACCAUCCGAUGAUAUGGACGAUACGGCACUCGGAUUUCCGUGGAUCCAGCCUAUGAAACCACCAAUUCAGCUCACGAUCGGCGUCUUGCCGGAAGAUCCUCAGUCACCAUUGCACCCCAACAUGCAGCGCACUCUCAAAAGAGCAAUCGAGAAGCUAGGAAAUGCGGGCCAUCGCAUCGUGGAUCUAUCUAGUCAGAUUGACUUCUUGGGAGCUGCGGCAGAUUUGGCAUUCCGCUUCUUUCGCAUCGACCCGGACCAGACAGCGUUGCAGCAUAUUCGUAAUUCUGGCGAGCCGGCGAUCCCGUCUCUUCGAUUUACAUACGACCUCGAUGGAAAGGGAGAGGAGCCGACCUUGCGAGGAUUGUUUGCCUUGAACACCUCCCGAGCAGAAAUCAUGGCUAAAAUGCGCCGCGUGUUCCUCGACAAUCGUCUAGACGUGAUCAUCGGACCGGGAUACCAGAGCACGGCAGUGCCUCAUGACACCUACGGGGUUCCAGUGUACACAGUCAUUGCCAACUUGGUCGAUUAUCCCGCAUGCGUCAUUCCUUAUGGUCUGUCUCAAAUGGCCGCCGAUGCUGAGUACGUGCGCGACGUGGAAUAUUAUCCGCCUUAUCUCCCAGAGGAAGUCGAGAACGCGCCCUGCCACGUGCAGCUUAUCGGCCGUAGACAAAAGGAUGAGGUGUUGAUGCAGCAUGCUCUGAUUGUGGAAGAAAUCCUGGCCAAGUGA